UUUGUCUUGAGGCUCAUGGAUGCUAAACAGCGACUCACUGAACCCCCUCACUUUGUAAUGAACAUCCUUGAGGCUAAAGGGUGGGGAGACUUUGAAAAGAAGAUGAGAACAAGUUACUGGACGGCUUUAAAGAUGAACUGGAAAGUGUGGACCCCCUUCCAGUUCAUCAAUAUCAACUUUGUGCCUGUUCAGUUCAGAGUGCUGUUUGCCAACAUGGUCGCCUUAUUUUGGUACGCCUACCUAGUAUCUGUGAGGAAAUGAAGCAUCCUGGCUCGUGGAAAAAUAAUCUGGAGGAAUCUUCUUCUUCACAGUGCCUUUAACAUGAUGUGUUUACUGAACUACUGCGUACCUGUAAUUUAACAUGACAAUAAUUCUCACUAAAAGCAGCUCUGAUGAUUGUCUGUCAACAAACCCUAACAAAAGUGAUAAGACAUUUUAACAUGCUGCUAUAAUAUGUCAGACCCCUGACUGCUUUCAUUAUUACUGAACAAAGUAAAUCUACUUAAUAAAAAAGUUUAUAAAA